UUCAUUUCAUUUCCCAGAGAUGGAAGUCACAGGUCUGGUGAUUGUCACAGCGAUCGUAACGUUUCUUUCUGCAGUGAGCGCGGCCGAGGAGGUGGCUCAAGCUCCAGACUAUGCGAAGCAAUGCGCUCCGGACAUAAUCGCGUUGCUUCCAUGCAUGCCAGCGGUGAAGGGAAGCGGGAGUCCUCCCAGUCCUCAGUGCUGCAGUGCGAUUGCGGAGCUUUUGAAGGACGAUCCCAUCUGCCUGUGCUAUGUUGCCGCGGACGCUGCGCAGAGAAACGAUCCAAACAUCAACGCUACUGUUGCUUUGCAGCUCCCAGCGCUCUGUAAUCUCAAGGCGGACGUCCACAAGUGUGAUGGCUUUCCAGGAUUUCCAGGGACUGGAAUGGCACCAAUGCCAGGAAUGGGACCGGGAGGUGAGAUGCCGCCGAUGCCAUGGAUGCCAGGAAUGCCACCGAUGAUUCCAGGAGGAGACGCUCCCCCAGCGCCUACACCAUCCUCCACCUCCAUGACGAUCCCAAAGCUUUAUCAUCUGGCAGUAGCACUCGUUCUACCAGCGAUUCUCACGUACGUAGCGUAGAGAAGGUCUAUUUUUUUUUCGUUUCUGUUCUGAUGAAAGAACAAUCCCCCAAGAGCUCUACUCUACGCAGGCACUAUUUCUUUUCUUCAAACACAAACAUGUUCGAGUGUAGAAAUGCUAAAUCGUCGAAAUAAAACUAGUUUCUUACCA